AUGCGGCUGCAGCACGAGAGGCAGGUGGCUGAGGAGCGUGCGACGUUGGAAGCGACGCGGAGAAAGGUGAGCGAAGACGGCGAGCGCAAAAUCGCUUUGGAGCGGCAGCAGGAUGCACAGGGCGUGCAGAAGAAUGCAGAGUCGGAGUUGGAGGCGGCGCGGCGAGCGUUGGAGAAGCAGCACGCGGAGGCGAAAGAGCGUGUGGCGGCGCUGCGGCGUGGUUUGCAACAGGAGCGGGUCGCGCUGGAGAGCGCGCUGCAGCAGCGUGUGGUGGAGGCGAAAGAGAAGUUACAAACAGGCCAAACAGAGGCUAUGAAGCAGCAGCGUGCGGCAUCCGCCACCGCGCUGGAAAAGGAGAAGGCCAAACUGGCUGAGGACUACGCAAAGCAGCUGAGAGAGGAGACUGAAAGAUUAUCACGCAACGUGAAGGAAAACGUCGACACUUAUGAAAAGGAACUGCGGGUGGCACAAGACAAGUUGGAAAAGGAGCUUUUGGCCAAACAGAAUGCAUCAUCUGCUCGACGCACUGCGGCCGCGGCCGACGCCUCAAAGGCUAUGCCAGUUGCAAAUGUUGCUGUUGCUGGCGAAGUGGCGGAGGCGCAGCAAGCGUACGAGGCGGCAGUGCAGAAGGCAACCGCUGAGGAAGCUGCCGUACUUGACAAGUUGCGUCGUGACUACACCGUCAGAGUGGAGAAGCUGGAGGCUGCAAAAGCAGCGAAGCAGCAGGAGAUCAAAGCUGCUGCUGCUGCUGCGGCACAACCACAGGAUGCGGUGGCCAAGGCAGCUCUACAGAAGAAGCAGAUGGAGGAGGAGGAGGCGCGGCUCAAGAAGGCACUAGAGGAAAGAACGACGCGUUACGCUGAGGAGACAGAGCGGCUGGUGGCAGCGAGACGAGCGGCAUGCGAAAGGUCCAGCACAAUGACACGGGCGCCCAGCAAUGCGGGUGGUAGCAAUAACAGUAGCAUCAGCAGUAACAGUAAGACCGGCAACCGCACCUCAUCUACGACAGCGACAACUGCUGUGCAAGAGCAACGCCGCUUCGACGUGGCAUCGCGAAACCUAGACACAAAGCAUACACAUGCGAUGGAGCUCAUACGUAGCGAACACGAGAAGGCGCUGCGUGAGCGGAAGCUCUUUGACCUGCGCCAGGCUCCCGGCUACCAAGAAAAGGUACAGGAACGGCAGAAGGCGUGGCUGGCAGCAAACCCGCAGCCGACGCUGACGAUGCCGCAGCUGCAGCCAGUGCCGUCGGCGCCCGGGUUGUUGAGCGCGCCAUCGGUGGCGAUGCCGAGUGAGGCGGAGCAGAAGAAGCGCAUCAGCGCCGCCGUCGCCACGGCGAAGGAGGCACAAGCGUGCGAGUUUGAGAAGAAGUUGGCUGACAUGCAGUCAGCGCUGGCGAAGGAAAUGAAGGAGGCAGUGGAUGCAUACCGUGCAAAGCGGCUGCAGGAGGUAAAGGCGCAGCUCGUGCAGUUCCGUGAGGCGCAGGCGGCGCAGCACAGGCAGCGCCUCGACAGCGCAGCGGCUGCCAUCGCAGCAGAGGCGGAGGCGCUCGCGGCGCAGCAGUUGCCACAGAGCUUGACACUCCCGACGCCGUCUCCGAGCCCGGAGAAUCCUGUGCUGAAGGUGGACGAGGUAGCGAUGGAGGAGGCGGCGAAGCGCGAGGGUGAGCUGCGGCAGCGAAUGCAGGCACGAAUUGACGCGCUGCAGGCGAGUGUACAUGCUGCACAGGCGGAGCUGCAGCAGCGACGGGAGGAGGUGCAGGCGAAGGCCGCCACCGCCGCUGCGGCGUCGCAGCGCCCUCCGACUGUGCCGACGCCGGCACAAGCACUGGGACGCCAUGAGUCGCUACUGCAGACACCGCGCCCCAUGCAGCAGCAGCAGCAGCAGCAACAACAACAACAACAGAUGCUACAAGUGGAUGCCUCUACGCCUCUGCUGAACCGUACCUUGUCUACUAUUCUCCCUAUUAAUAGUCUCUCUAGCAGUGCGCGACCGAGUCCGACGCGGCCGUUCUCGUGGCUUGACACUGGCGGUGGAGCGCCGACACUCCCGUGGCAAGAAAGCAACGACACAUCGGCGCGAGCUAGGCUGGCGGCAAACGCGGCAUUGCCCACUCCCUCUCAGCAGGACGUUGUCUAUGAGGAUCGUCUCUUCCGCGCCGCGCUUCUGGUGCGGGAGAAGAAGGAUGAGGUGCGUGCGCAACAGGUACGUAUAGAGCGAGCGCGGGAGAUUUGGCUGCAGGACAUGGAGGAUUGCCGCCGACGACACAAUCGUGAUCACGCGGUUGUGCUGCGUCAAAUGAAAGUGGCACUGGAAGAAAAGGCACGACAGCUUAACCGUGAUGUGCUGGAAUUGAAGCGCGCCUCCUUAUGGCUGCGAGAGCGCGAGUUGCGCUACAGGCGUGCGAUAAACCCAAGGCCUGCAAACCCUACUGCGGUCACCGACACAGCUGUUGCUGUUGCUGGUGCUGGUGCUGGUGGUAGUAGUUGUAAUGGUAGGGGUUUGGCUAAUAUUGCCUCUGCUGGUGGUGGUAAUGAUAAUGGUGGCACAGGGCGGCUUAUUGGGCUUCUGAAUAGCAUGCUUGCCAACACGCAGCUGUUGGAGUCGUACAUUGCCACCCCCAACACCACUGCGUCGACACACACGCACCGCCCGCGUCCACGUCAGGAGGCCGGUCAGAGCAACCGACACAUGGAUGCGGUGAGGGCGUGGUCCAAUGCCAGGCCCAGUGGUGUUGAGCGAUGGCUGGAGGAGCAGCAGCGGCUCCCGUCGUGA